ACUUAAUUAGUUAGUGUUAAUUUUGUGUAGUUAUGAAGUGCAACCGUGUUACACUAUUAGCUAAAAAAAUAAAAAAAACGGAAUUUUACAUUAGACUUCAGUACAAAGUUGCUCCAAAAAUGACGGCGCUGUGACCCUGCGGAACUACGCUGACCUGCCAGGCAACGAGUGACGACGUGCUAACGAGUUAGCAGGGUAGCUAUCGCUAUCUAGUGUGUGCGCGGAGGAGGUGAUUUAUGUAUGAUAUAGACCAAUAUUCCAGUAUAUAUUGCCUUUUAUUUUAAGUUAGCCAUCUAAUUGAUUUAAUUAUGCCAAGCAAAAAGAAGAAAUACAACGCCAGAUUCCCUCCGGCACGAAUUAAGAAGAUUAUGCAGACAGAUGAAGAAAUAGGCAAAGUGGCUGCAGCAGUACCUGUUAUUAUUUCGAGAGCCCUGGAGCUUUUUUUGGAAUCAUUGCUUACAAAGGCCUGUCAAGUCACCCAGUCUAGGAAUGCAAAGACGAUGACAACAUCGCAUCUAAAGCAGUGUAUUGAGCUGGAGCAACAGUUUGACUUCUUGAAAGACCUGGUUGCAACGGUGCCGGACAUGCAGGGCGAGGGGGAAGAGAACCACACGGAGGGGGGGGGAGAAAAAGUGCCACGCAGGGGUAGAAAACCAGGGUCUGGCCGUAAGAAUGGGGGAGCUGGCUCCAAAGGCAAGGACAAGAAGUUGUCUGGCACAGAGUCGGAGCAAGAGGAUGACUCUGAAGACAGCGAGACGGACGAGGACGAGGAGGACGGCUCUCAGUCCAGCACAAACCUGCAGGCUGCAUCCAGGUUCCACAGCCCAAACGCACCCCCCCAGUACAUGCAGAUGGGCAGCAUGGCCCCCGCACAGCCCCAGGGCGGCAUGGACUUCGCCCCCCCUCCCCCAGCCCCCGAGCCGCACAAAAACGAGGACGACGACGACGACGACGAAGACUAUGACUCUUAGCUCCCUCCUCCUCCUCCUACACCAAUCACACACACACGUACACUCUUCCAGCAUUAUUUUCGAUUUCUUAAGUUGUUCUUGCGGCGGCUGCUCUCAGCAGAGGAGGGAAAGACUCUUCAUCACGCCAAAAGCGAAGAGGAGCCAUCGCAGGAGACCGAAAACUGGUUGUACAUUAUGUGUUUUAAUUUUCUUUUCUUUUUAAAAAAAAAAAAAAGUUUUUAUUUUAUUGUAGAGGAGAAUCCAACGAGGAUGUUUUUUAACGAGUCAGUUGUUCUAUUUUGACUAUAAAAAACCGUCAGUCGUCACUAUUUUGGCCAUGAGCCCCCGCAGACAGGAUAGGUGUAGUUUGUGUUGCCUUGUAGCUUUUUCUUUUGGCACUUUUCUUUCUCCCUCAGUCCUCCGUAGUAGACUUAUGAAGUCAACAAAUGAGUCGCCCAAGGUCGGCUUGAAAACAAGAAGUGGUCGAUCGAGCCUUAAUACGGCCUGUGGUGCUCAUACAAAGGCUCCGAGCCGAGAUGAGUCUGAUCGGCUGUGAAACACUGCUGUUCAGACGUGUACUUCCCGGCUUUGUCUCUCCAGUUGUCCGGCUGUAACAUAAACAGGGAAGCAGGUGUAUUUUUACUGUAGGUUAGCUAAACCACAGCUUUUUGGGAAUUGGUUUCUAUUUUUAAUUCACGUUUUUAUCAAGAGAACUGUAAACCUCCACGACCACCGCCAUGAAGUCACCCAUAUCACCAGGUUCAUGAUGUACACUUUGUUUGUUUCUCACGCUGUCACAGGUUAUUGCUCUGGCAGUUGGGUCUUGUAUUUUUUUUUUUUUUUUUUUUUUUUUUUUUAUACGACCAUUAAAUUAACCUGAAUUGCCCAUCAGAAGUAUGCUGUGACUCUUGGACCAUAACUUUGUUUUUAAAGUUGUUUGUCUCCUUUUGUCCUCUCUCAUUUCUAUUCUG